CUUUGACGUUGACAGAUCACAGACAUUUUGCUGUCACCUGUCACCACAUAUCGUGCCUAAAUAUAAAUAAAUUGGUUUUAUUUCAUUAUUUUAGAUUUUGCUUUUAAAAAAUGAAUAAUAAUGGCGAUACGGACAAAUUGGACUGGAUGUACAAGGGCGCAAGUAGCCACAUUGACCAGGAAGAAUAUUUACUGGGAAAAUCAGUGGACAAAUCUUUUGAACAAAUUAACAAAGAAGAAAAAGAAAAGAAGCUUGGUGUAGUGCCUCCUAAAAAUCAUGUUGAACAUGAGUGCAUCCCUCCCUCUAUAAGGGAUUACAACAAAAUUGUCCAUGAAGAUCAGGUUGAUUUAUCUGCCAAGCUUCAAGAAGAUCCUCUCAUGGCAAUUAAAAAACAGGAAGAAGAAGCUAGACGUCAGUUCCUCCAGAACCCUAUCCAAUUGAAGAAGCUGCAAGAUGCCCUAAAAGUGCAAGAAGACAAGAAAAAGAAGAAGAAAAAGAAAAAGAGGAAAGAUUCUGAUUCAGAAGAUGAUUUAGACCAACAAAUAGCUGAAAAGUUGAAACAUCUUAAAGGUAACUUCAAAGAUCUGCCAAAAAAGAAGAAAAAAUCCAAGACUGAACACCUUGAUACCAUCUUGAUGCACAAAUUUAAUCAACUAAAGGAUAAAUUGUCCCAAGAGGACAUGGAUGAUAUUUUGGCUGGAAAAAGUAGUAGUAGUGAUGAAGAAACACCUAAAAAGAAAGCUAAGCACAAGUCUACCAAUAGUGAGGAAGACAGUGAUGAUCAGGAGAAAACAUCAAAAGGAAAAACAUAUCGUAAUAAGCAGGAUGAUGUGAAAGAUAAACAAAACAGAUAUAAAAGGAACUCUAGGAGUACAAGUAGAACUAGAAGUAACAAAAUACAUGAAAAAUAUAAAGGCCAUCGAAAAUCUACAUCUAGAGACAGGAGCAAAGAUAGAGGUAGAAAUAGAAAAAAUUCUAGCAGUGAUAGUGAACAUGAACGAAGAAAUAAAACAUCUAAAUAUGAAAAACAAAGAGAUAAUAGAUACAACGGAUCCAGGGAUAGAAGUAGAGAGAGGACAAAAAGAAGAAAAAGCUCUAGUAGUGAAGAUCGGUAUGAAAGAAGUAGAAAAACACAAAAGUAUGAGAAACCAAAUAGUAGACAUCAAUUGUCUUCAAGAAAUAGAAGUAAAGAACGAGAGAGAAGAAGGAGAGACUCCAGUAGUGAUAGUGAAGAUGGCAGAAGCAGUAAAACAAACAAAAACAACAAACAAAGGGAUCAUGGGAAGGAUUCUUCGAGAGAUAGAAGCAAAGGCAAAGAAAAAAGUGGACGAAACUCAACAAGUGAAAGUGAAGAUGAGAGGAAUGGCAAAACAUAUAAAAACAACAAACAAGGGGAUCACAGAGAUUCAAGAGAUAGAAGCAGAGGCAAAGAAAAAAGUAGACGAAAUUCAACAAGUGAAAGUGAAGAUGAAAGGAAUAGCAAAAAAUAUAGAUAUGAGAAAGAGAAAAGUAGGAGAUCUGUAUCUAGAGAAGAAAGCAGUGAAAAGAAGAGAAAUAAUGGAAGAAGCAACAAAAAACAUGAUGAAAAACAUGAAAGAAAUAGGAGUACUGAAAGCAACAGUGACUCAUCAUCAAAGGAAGCAUCAGCAGAUAAUGAUUUAGAUAAAAUGAUACUGAAGAAGCUACAAAUGCUGAGGGAAUCUGCAGUUGGUAAUAAGGAAGAUUUAGAAGACGGCCAACAAACAUAUUCACAUUACGAUAGCGAUAAUGAUGAAUAUGUCUACAAAAAGAAAUCGUUUGGACUAGUAAGGUCAGAUGGCACGAAAAUACCUUUAAAGAACCCUCCAACUGACAAUAAAAAAGUACCUCCGAAAAAAAUUGAUGCUCCAAAACUGCCAGACACCAAGAACAAACCAAAUAAAAGGUUAACUGACAAAGAAAAGGAGGAAUUGAGAAGACAAAUGAUGGUGGAUGCUGUACACAGGGAUAAAGAAAGAAGCGACCAUUUGAAAAAGCACAGGCAAGACAAUCAGAAAGAGGAAAGUAAAAUUGAGACGUUUGAUAAAAAUUUCGUUCAUAGAGAAUUAUAUAAAGGACAAAGUGAUCUUAAAGAUGUGGAAUCUAGGCUUAAAACAAAGUUGAAUAAUAUACAACGGUCUUCCCAACAUAUGAACUCCAAUUUUUCUAAAAGAAGUUAGAAGCAUAAGUAAAAUUGGGGAUGAAAUGAAAAGAGAAGUAAAGGAUACUGAAGAAGUGCAGCAAUUGUUUGAAUAUUUGUACAAAUGUAAUUUUACUGUUUGUAUUUAAAUAAAUAAUUUGUAAAUAAAUGGUUUGUAAAUAAAUAUUUUAAAAGAAA